CUUACGGGUCACUGGAAGGCUAUGCCAUUAUGGACCCUGAUUUUUUAAUAUUGUUUAGGCCUUGAGUAGAAGUAUUUAAACCUGAAGUGUUGUGAUUGUUGAAGCAUGGAAAGUAUUUUUAAUAGAAUUAAACGUUACAAUAGAAGUGAAUGGGAUUUUUAAUAGUGGUUUGUAACCUUCAAACGAUUUAUUUGUGCCCUGAGUGCCCUCUAGCGGAAAACUAAUAAAAUGGCGGCUACCAUAUUACCACGAGCUUGCACAAGGAUUUCACGAAUUUUCGGUACUGCAUGGUUUGAGAAGAGCAUCUUGCAGAUGUGUGCUGUAAGGAUCAACCAAGUUGAACACACUCUUAAGAUAAAAAGGCAGAGAUUCCCAAUGGUGCACCAAAGCAUUUGUAGCUGUAGACAUUAUAGUACAGAUACAACAGAGUCAAGAGAUCCACCUGGAGCAGAGCCUACAUCAGAAAAUAAUGGCUCACAAGAGAACUCUGAGAGACAUGAUGGUAUUUCUGAUACAACCGAACCUGAACUCUCAGAAACACAACAAACAAACUUUCAAGAUGCAGCAGCACGUGAUCAGAUGGAGAAUUUAGAAACCCGAGAGUUAAAAACUGAAGCAGUUUCAGAUGAAGUUAGCCAUUCUUUAGGAGAAACUGUAUGUGAAGAAGUGAAACAAGAGGUGGACUUUGCUGCUGAUGAAGAAACUUUAUCUAUAGGUGAAGAAGACAGAGGAGAAUCUUUAAAGCACAAUGAACCAGAUGUGUUGUACAGAAAAGUUGCUGUGGAAAUCAAAGGCCAUGAUAAAAGGGUACUUAAAACUUAUGCUGCUGUCAUGAAGACUGUUGCAGAAAGACUGGAUAUUCAAAUUCGAAUGUGGAAUCCCCCAAGAGUGAUUGAGAGGAUGACUCUGCUGAAAUCUGCAUUUGUACAUAAAAAACACCGAAGACAGUAUGAAAUGAGGACACAUUUCCAUGUUGUAGAGCUCCAGCGUGUAACUGGAAGCACUACUGAUACGUAUUUAGAGUACAUCCAGAGGAAUAUACCAGAAGGAAUUGCCAUGAGGGUCACCAAGCAUCAGCUGGUAAAGCUACCAGAAGAAAUUUCACAGACCAUGGAAAGUUGAUUCUUAAGGACAUGUUCUGAGGCCGAUUACCCAAGUUUCUGCUUAAAAAUGGACCUAGGUCUGUUAGAAAAAUCUUCAAAAAAUAAAGGAUAAAACUGUUCUUUUUGCAUUUGGUACAGGGAAAAUGCAUUAUACAAUAGCACAGUUACAUGCAUAAUGACCACAAGGAUAGCUGCCAAAAUAAUUAGACAAUUGGAAUUCCCUUGUUUUAUCAAGGCUUCAAUCCUGAUGAUCUAAUUUCUUUUCGGUUGAUUCAAUUUAUCUUUCUAUCAUUUUUGGAAGACACAAGUGAAGUAUAGACAUUUUCAAUAAAGAAAUUUAUUAAAGAAAUUGAUACAAAAUGAAAUCAGUCUUCCUUGGAUCUUCUUGGUCACAAGAUUUUUCCUCAUCAAAAUUGUUUAUGGUGCAUGUUAUCCAGCAAAAGAAAAAUCCUUCACUUUCAGGAAAUGAUCAGUUCAGUUGUACUACAAUGCUGGAUCUAUGCCAUCAAUGUGGAUUGAGACUUGAAGCAAAAAGAAGCAGGACCUCUGAACUUCUUACCUCCCUCAUGUCACAAUAUAUAUUCACAGAUGCAAUGAUUUGUCCUUUAUAUACAUAAAAUAAAAACAAAGUUUGCAACUGUUAGGGAAAAAUAUAAAGUAAAAGGACUAAGUAGCAGUUCAUAAUACUUUUUUUUUUUACACCAUCCUUGAUGUUACUUAAUUUCUGGCACGGAAUCGGUGCUCCCUACUUUGUUGCAAUUUUUUUCCUUUUAACAUGCUUGCUGAAGUUCUUUAGCAAGACGUUUCAACAGGAACGAUUGUUGAGCUCGCAGGUAUUCCAGUGUACGUAUUUCUCCAGUUUAUAAC